ACAACCACCUCCCCACUCGCUCCACCAGAGCUACAAGGAGCUAGCUGAGCCCGGUUCGAGGCAAGAAUUGAGAGCGCCAUGCUGGGUUGCUUCUCCCGGCUCCGGCGGCCGCCCUCUGCCGCGACGGGGGCGCCUGCGCCCGUGCAGCCGUCCGACGAGGCGUCCACGUCGGCCGCGUCCACCAGCUCCACCCCGCCGACCUCCCCGCGCUCGUCCUCCUCCUCCGCCCGCUUCAAGAACGGUGCUGGCAGGGGCGGGGACGCGGACGUCGACGUCGCGAAGGAGCGCCUGCGGCCGUCGUCCGCGCUCGCCGUGGACUCCGGGCUGUCAUCAGCCAUCGCGUCCCGGCGGUUCUUCCUCUCCUCCCCGGGGCGGUCCAACUCCAUCGUGGACUCGUCGGCGCAUGCGGCCGCCGUGCUGGGCGUGGGCGCGGCCGGGGUGGCGGUGCCGACAUACUCCCCGGACCCGCACGCCGACUUUCUGCUUUCCAUGGAGGAGAUGUCGGCCGCGCUGCGGCUGGACGCGCGGCGGCGCGGCGACAGGGCGCGCCUCCACGAGCUGCUGCUCUGCUACCUGGCGCUCAACGACAAGCGCGCGCACCGGUACAUCGUCAGCGCCUUCACCGACCUCCUCCUCCGCCUCACCGCCACCCAGUCCGACGACCUCGACGCCGACGACCAGCAGCACGGCACCAUGUAGCAGCCGCGUUCGUCGACGUGCCUACCCGCCUGCCUGCGGAGCUCGGCGUUUUCUUCCACUUGCCACAUUUUUUGGGUGCAAAUUGCCAGAGUGGCCAACUGACAUGCAUCUGACUGUAAAAAAAAUAUGCCGUGUGCAAUUUCGCGGCGAAAAAAAGCCGCUUUGUGGUUUGUAUUACCACCUUUGUGUUGUGUGGGCGUUGCUUUUGCUCUUUUAUGAAAGGCGUGAGCGUGCUAGCAAAGACGGGGAAUAUCUUAGCUUCUACAUUUGUGCCCGCUUUGUUUCUUUGUGUAAUUUCGUUUGUCUUUUCGGCCACCUCCCUCUCUUUUGCCUUUUAUUACUGCUAGCUUUUUGUUGGGUCAUCUGAAGGCUAGUCUGGUAGUACUCCAGUACUGUGUGCACAGGCCAUGUCGAGCAUAUGGUUAUGCCGUGACCAUUGCUCUGUGAGUGGUAAAUGUGAAUGAAAUGCUGUCGUUUUUCA